AAUGAACAAAAUCAACAGGAAACUUCAUCUAUCCAAAACUAAACACAGUAAAUUUAAUGAAUCAGGACAAUUGUUCUUUUUCUAUAUUGGAUCUGUAGUUUGGGGUUUGGAUAUUCUCAUUAGAGAGAAAUGGAUAAUGAACUUGCCUUCAUUUUGGAACGAAUACCCUCAUACAAAUAUGGCAUUACAAACGAAAUUUUUUGUUAUUAUUCAGUUAGCUUAUUGGCUUCACAAUUUUCCCGAAUUAUACCUUCAAAAAGUGAAAAAAGAUGAAAUGGUUGCUAAGUGUAUCCAUCCGACGCUUUAUCUAGUAUUCAUAAUUGGAGGCUAUGUGCUUAAUUUAAGUCGUCUUCUUAUAGCUCUAAUCAUCUUACAUUAUGUUGCUGAAUUAUGCUUUCACCUAGCCAGACUACUUUACCUUAUCGGUAAAGAAACUGUCGCUAAUUCCGUAUUUACUGUUUGGAAUAUUGUCUUCAUAGCUGCUCGCUUGGCUACUGUUACGUUAUCUGUUUUGACAUUAUGGUUUGGAAUGGGAGCUACAUCUAAGGGGAUGAUUGAUUUAAAGAAAGGAGAUUUUAAUACAACUCUUGUUAGAGCUCACUCUUUAUUAGCCGUAGGGCUAUUACAAGGUUGGCUUAUGUGGAAUUUCAUCAAUUUCCAUUUGAAGAGAAGGAGAAAAGAUGGUAGCAGCACCGAUGGCCAUGGAUAUGUCUCUUCUACAACAUCGGCAAAGGCUACACCCUCUCCUAAAAAUAAAGCCCAAAGAAGAACUGGCAAAGCUGAAGGAACCGUCAAUGGAGUCAAAAACAGUAAGAAAAAUCAUUAA